GUCGCCAGGGAAACUUUCAUCUUGUUACAAGCGGCGGGGAACAGGCCAUUGCUAUUGGUUUAUAUGUAUGCCACUUAUAGACUGGAUACAGCAAGUCAACCAUUCAAAUUUAGAAAGAGGAGGGUUUAUUCAGUUAGCCUACUACCGGUAACUUGAAGUGGCUACUGUAGCAUGCAUGGAACUAAACUUAAAGUUCACAAGUAUUUUGUAUGUUAAAUGUCACAACGCUCGAUUUGAGAAAUCGGUCCCACCGUUUGAGAAAACAAACUUUUGUUGAAUUCAGUGCGUCUUUGGAGUACGAGCAAUGGAAGAAUUGAGCGAGUCUUCACCCGCUUUGGCGUUCGAGAAGGAAGCAUUUGAGCUGACGGUGGAAGAUGUUUAUGACAUUUCAUACGUGAUUGGCAGAGAUUUGCUGAAAAUAAGUACUACAGGUGAGGAAGUCUCCGAUUUGCAAUUCAAAAUUGUCCGGGUUUUGGAGAUGUUUGAAACGUUAGUGAAUAAGUAUAACCUGUCAUUGGAGGAGCUGAAAAUGGAACGAGACAACUUGAAGAGUGAACUGGAUAGAAUCGUGAGAGAAAGUUCUGCCGGGCAGGAAGCGCAAACACUAGGACCAAACAAACUGGUGGUGGACCUGAAAGAUCCCAAUAGACCACGCUUCACAAUGCAGGAGCUGAAGGAGGUGCUUCAGGAGAGGAACCAGCUCAAGGCCCAGCUACUGGUGGCGCAAGAAGAGUUGCAACUCUACAAGAGUGGGAUGCUGCCACCGGGUGAGCAAGCCAUGGUAGAGGUUGACUUAGUAUCUCCAUCCCCUUCAAAACCUGUUCCUGACACAACAGAUGAGUCUAAAGAAGAGGAACCUAACGAAGGAAUGACCACCAUCAGAAAGCUGUUUUCAUUCAGACGGAAAUAAGGACAACCUAUGAGAACAAGGACCUAAGACAUUACUAAUGAUAAACCAAACAUUUUUAUGCACAUUUCUAUCAAUGCAUUGUAUUAGAUCAGUUUUCAGUAAUGAAUGGAAAUGUUUUUAACUGGAAUAAUUUUGCUUUUGAAACUAACCCAGUUGUCUUUUUAUAGAUUUAACUGUUAGUCAUUAAUACAAGUAUGGGA